AUGAAGGUCUCCGCGGUGAUUCUGUCCCUGCUGCUUACAGAAGCCAUCAUCAGCACCUAUGUCCUGGCUCAGCCAGAGGCGAGUAAUAUCUUCACCUGCUGCUACAAAGUGAGCCGAAAGAAGAUCUCUGUGCAGAAUCUGGAGAGCUACACCAGGGUCACCAGCAGCCAUUGUCCCUGGCCUGCUGUGAUCUUCAAGACUAAAUUGGGCAAGAAGUUCUGUGCUGACCCCCAGAAGAAGUGGGUCCAGGAUUCCGUGAACUUCCUGGACAAGAAAGCUCAAACUCAGAAUCCUUGAACAUGUAUGCAUGAACUGAAUCCAAACCAGGAG